CCUGCUCUGUUAAUAAUUGCAAAAAUUCUUCUAAACGAUGCUCUGACUUAUCCUAUCACUCAUUUCCAACUGAGAAAACAUAAACAAAGCAAAAAUGGCGAAUAUUUUUCACAGCAAGACGGUGCCUUGGCUUAAAAAUUAUUUAAACGAAAGAGGGAUCAACUCAUCAGGCAAAAGGAAAUCGGAACUAAUCGACUUAUGUUCCAAAAGCAGCGAUAUGAAGAUCAGAAAACUGGAAGAACCAGAAACGGUGGAAACGAUAGUAUCUUCAAAACUUAUCACCGGCGACGGAAACUUGCCGAAUCCAUUCACAGAAGUUCUUACUUGGAGCCACUCUUUUACAAAUAUACCUGAAUUUUCUUUUCCGGAUCUAUAUGAGUAUUUGGUUGACAGGGGUGGCUAUUCGAAAGAAAGCUUAAAAUCCUUCAAAAGUCUACUCGGAUAUAAACUUUACUAUGAUGGGCACGUUGAAAACCUACAGUGGCAUCAUGUACCAGACACCGAAUAUCAUUUGUUUAAGUUCAACGUACAGCCAACAGAGAGGACAAAACUAGACUCUGGAGAGAGUAGCUACAAGGGUUUUUUCAUUCUCAAAAAGGAUGGAGAUGUACACUCUGGUUAUUGCGUUUGUAAAGGAGGUGCUGAUGGAGGUUGUAGACACAUUGCUGCAUCCCUGUUUGAUUUACUUGCUACUGUCGUCGCCAGAGAUAUGCAGACAUGUACCAGUAAAAACUGUUCUUGGGUACGAAGAGGGAAAAGAAAUGAGCGCUCAAUCCCGAUCAGUGAGCUGCAAAUUGGUCGUCCAGAGUAUGGAAAGAAAAUCAAAUCACCUGUUYCGAUAACAAAAUGUCAACCAGGAUCUGUAAGAUAUGAUGUACAAAGUUUGCAGCUACAAUUCAAGAGGGAACUAAUCGAUGCUUGUAGUAAUGCUGUAGUAUUGCCCUACCUGCCAGAAUUAAAAGAAAGUCUUGUUUCAGAAGAAGAUUUAACAAGCUAUAUUUCUAAGGAAGAAAAUAUUGUGAAUGAGGAAACUGUUGAAGGCAUAUUUGUAUAUUCCUUAAAUGAAUAUGCAGACACUUUUGUGUCAGAAAAUAAUAUUGAUCGGGGUACAGCUGAGGUAGAUGAAAAUAUGGCUUCUGACUUUCUUGAUUUUGUAGAACUUGAUGAUGACCAAAUUGAAACAAUAUUUGAUCAAACCAAAUCACAGUCACAAUCACCUUUUUGGUUUGAGCAACGAGCUGGACGGAUAACUGCUUCCAAUUUUUACACUGUUUGUCACAUGAGGCCAAAGACUGACCGUACUAACAUCAUAAAAUCUUUGAUGAAUUAUAACCCAAUGGAUGAUGCUUCAAUGCCUGAACAGCUUAUUUGGGGACAUGAAAAAGAGAAAGUUGCUCUACAGUCUUAUACAAAGAAAAUGUCUAAACACAAAUCUGUUAUAGUUUCAUCAUCUGGUUUGAUCAUUCAUAAAUCCUAUCCAUAUUUGGGAGCUAGUCCAGAUGGUAUUAGAAGCUGCAAGUGCUGUCGAAGUAAAACACUUGUGGAAGUCAAGAGCCUCUACARUAAAAGAAGUUUGCUGCCUUUUCCUGCUGCACAAGAGCAUUUGAAUGUUGACACUAAUGGAGAAAUUACACUUAAAUCUGAAACAAAGUGGAACUACCAGAUACAAGGUCAGAUGGCAAUAUCCAAUAUUUAUAGUUGUGAUUUGAUAGUUUACACAAAUAAAGGCAUACUAAUUGUACCUGUAACAUUUGAUAAUGAACUUUGGAAAMAAGCAUUCAGCAAGCUGAAGUCAUUCUACACUGCCUACAUGGUGAAGGAAUUAAUAACAAAGGAUGUCUAUAACUGCAAGGUUUUAAAUCACCAGCCAACCUAAUUAAGCCCACCCCAUGUGGUGUUUUAUGAUUGAUUAAGUAAAGUAUUAUAUCAAUAUUGAAUUUCAAAUAUUAAGGCAAUAUUGCCUUUGACUGUAGAUUUUAAGUUUUUCUAUUUUAUAAAUAAUGAUGUAAUAAUAAAUAAUAAAUAAUGAUGAAUAAUAUGUAAAUAUGAUUAUAUUAUGAUAAGCUUCUUAUGAUAAGUUUGAAUAGAAAUGUAAUUGUAUCAUGAUAUCAACUUCAGCUCAAGUAGUUUAACUAAUUUACUAUUGCAUUCUGCAUGACUUAUUCUUAAUCCUAGCACAUCACUUUCUAUUAGAAGUAACUUUUGUGCAGUAAUACUUUCAGAUCAGUUUGUAAAUUUCUAUCUUGUAAGAGGUGGUAACAAAUUGCAAAUAGAUGCACAAAUGRUAAGAAUUGAAUCACCAAUAUCAAUCAAAGUUAGAGGAAUAUUUCCCUGUAGAAUUCUAAAGUUCUUGAGUCUCUCAAUGGCUCUUUCAACAUGAAUCCUCAAGCUGGCAAUCUUGMGAGUGGAUUUUACUGCUUUUGUUGAUAAUUGCUUGCCUUUAAAAAAAAUAAACUUUUACAAACAUAUUGCUUUACUCACAGUUACGAGUACAGUGAUUGCAGUCAAAGCACACAAUAAUAUCAUACCAACAUUAUGUGUAUGGAAUUAAUGAAAUUAAACAAGUAAUUGCACAAAUUGUACAAGUCUUAAUGCAUUGUAUGGUUUCUGUAUUAAGUUAAUACAAUAAAAUUAAGUAAUAAUGCU